UUUGAAUGUUUGGGAUCAUUGACUUGUUGAACUAUUCCUCUCCACAACCUUAUAAAAAUGUCAGUACUUUCUUUCCUGACUGUGUCAAACCUGCAGGAGAAAGCCAAGUGCCCCAAGGAGAGAGUGGUCCUGUCUGCUGCUACACAGAGGUCUCUGGACAGGAAAAAGAGGGUUGGUGAAUCUCCAGCACAGGCCAGGAAGAUGCAGCAGAAGCCAAAGAGCCCCACGAACAACAGAGUCUUGAAGACAAACCAAGGCCAAAAUUCUUCUGUGCCAGCCCAGCUGAACCGUCAGGGCUGGUACAGAAAGACCCCAGAGGAGAGGGUGAAGCACUCAGACAGCCUGAAGAAGCAGCACUCUCUGGGGUAACACGUGGCUCAACUUCCCCUGACCUGUGACUUGAAUUUUAAGUCUUUUAACACAGACCUCGCACCACUGAAUCUCCACUAAGCGCUGCUAAUAUGACAUUAUGAUGGCUAAUAUUAGCUAUUAGAAUAAUAAGGAUAAUCACCUUGAUCCUUAUUAUCCUAAUAGCUAAUAUUAGAAAUGUAAGAUUGUAUACACUAUCACAAUACCAUUGUUUUGACUGUUGUAGUUUGUUGUGGUGUAAACUUUUUAGUGUCAGCAACUGGUUGUUAUACACAAGACUCACAUGGAUGUGGAGUAUUUAAUGACUAGGCAGAUACAUUUGACAUUUUUGAAAGCCAGAAGAAGGUCAUAGCUAAAGGGAAAUAAGUUCAAACUAUUUACCGGUGCCUAAGAACUACGCCUUUGUUAUCUGUAAUGUUUUAGCAUGUAUACAUUCACUGACUGUUCAGAGACAUCUAGUGAUUAUUGCUGUAACUAAAUUUACAAAAAGCUGUUUCACGCUGACAGUGAUAUAAUGUUGUUACCAUGAGCAUUUAAGUGUGUAUAAUUCAUCAACGAUGUUUUUUGUUGAAGGGCCUUGAGAUCCUACUUGUGAUUUGUUUCCUUUAUUAAAUGGUGCUGAGUUCAUAGUACUCAGACAUUUCAGUCAGUUUCAACCUUUGGAUGUUUGUUCACUCACUGGAACAGUUAUAUUAAUAUGGUUUGACAUAACAGGAGAUGCACAGCAGACACUGACCAAGCCUAAAUUAUUGAGACCAUAGAGUGCAAGUCAAAUUCUCUAGGUUUCUCCUUUAUUAUUACCCAAGAAGAAGGUUUAGACUCUGAAUAGGUGAACAUAUUACUUAAUCAUAUAUUAAUUGAUAAACACAUUUGUUUUAAUUUUAAUUUAAUACCUCAAGGGGAUAUCUUCAAAUUUGGCACAAAUGUUCACUUAAACUCAAGGAUGAACUGAUUAGAUUUUGGUGCUCAAAGGUCAAAGUAAUACAACUAUGAAGCAAUAAUUCAAAUUCUUCCUGACAUCUUGACCUCAGUCCUUCACUAACAUCUAGGUCUAGGUGCUGGUACUUGAUCGCAGUUUAAAGCUUUUUGGCUACAGCUACACAGAAUUCGGACAGCUGUCAGGUUUGCUCGGAUUCCCCUGCCUCUCUC